AUGCCUCUUAAACUAAAAGACCCUGGUAGUUUUUCCAUACCAUGUGUAAUCGGAAAAUUUAUCAUAGACAAAGCUUUAUGUGAUUUAGGAGCAAGUGUUAGUCUAAUUCCUCUAUCCAUUUGCGAAAAACUCAAAUUAGGUGAAUUAAGACCAACCAAGAUGUCUUUGCAACUAGCUGACCGAUUAGUUAAAUUUCCUGUAUGUAUGCUUGAAAAUGUUCCUGUUCGUAUAGGAGAAUUCUAUAUCCACACCGACUUCAUAAUAAUGGAUAUUAAGGAACACUCCAACAUCCGUAUUAUUUUAGGUAGACCAUUCCUGGCCACCGUUGGAGCCAUCUUAGACGUGAAGAAAGGAAAACUAACUUUUGAGGUUGGUGAAGAAAAAGUAGAGUUUAUUCUCUCUCAAUUAUUCAAAGCACCUACUAUAAAAGAUUCAUGUUGUUUCUUAGAUGUUAUUGAUGAAUGCGUUAAAGAAAUGGAGAAGCAACAAAAUACCUACUCUGAAGUAUUAAACAUUCCUAUACCACAUAUUUUCAAAGACGAUAAUUGGCGCGAGGAAUACCAAGAUGACAAUCUAAGUGAAUGCCUAGCAUUAACCCCUGAUCCUAUUCCUUUCCUUAAGAAACCUGUUAUCGAACUUAAAGCACUACCCAAAGACUUAAGGUACGAAUUCCUAGAUGAAGAACUCGAACGACCAGUGAUAGUCAAUGUUGAUUUAAGCCAAAUAAAAACUGAAAAACUACUUUAUGUUAUAAGGAAAUACCCAACCGCUUUAGGCUAA